GUCCACGCGGUAGGCCAACUUGGCACAUCGACCAACGAAUAUCACCGAAACAAUUUAUACAUCGAGAAAGCCUAGCCUUAGCUAAUAAGAGAAGAAGCGAUCUGAUUAUCUGAAAUUGGUUAUGGAUUAGUAAUUAGCAGAAUAAAUCUCAUAAUCCCACCUUAAUAGUAUUCUUUUUCUCCAACCGUUCCUCCGCGCUUACUCAUUUUUGUUGCCCCGUCUCUACGCCAACACACGAAACAUCCAGAAAAACAACCGCGUCUCUCUCUAUCUCUCUCUCUUUGUGCCUCACCCUCUGCGUCUGCGUUUGCGUCGUCUUCCUGGUGAAUUCAGCGAUGCAACAAGGGGAUUUCAGCUCCGCUCCAUACUAUCCCUAUCCCUAUCAUCAAAACCCUAGCUCUAACCCCAGCAGCAACAACAACACUAUUCCAAUCCCUAGCUCCGCUCCCGCCGAUCUCCAUCAGAGUUCUUACGCUUCAGCGCCUCCGUUUACCAACAGUUACGCUCCCUCCGAUUACUCCGGCUAUCCUCCGACUUACCCUCCCUAUCAGCAAAAUCCCGAUCCGAUCCCCGCCCCUCCCACUGCCCCUUCCUACACACCCCCAACUCCCAAUUCUAACUUGCAGUCCUUUAAUCCCGCAUCGCAGCCCCCUUCCUUCCCCUCCUUUGAAUCGCAUACACCCUACCAAUCUCAGCCCCAGCAGCAAUCCUACUAUCCGCCAUUCGAUCAGCAUCAGACGACUUCCAGUUAUGGGACUCCUCCGAUUUCAAUUCCCCAAAACCCUAACCCUAAUCAAAUUCCAAAUUCCUCCUAUUCCUCCGUCUACUCCGUCCCCCCCUAUAAUCAACCAAGCGCUUCGGUUCCGCCGGUUUACGAUAAUUCGUUCGAGAAUUAUGUGAAAUAUGAUCAGAACAGUGCGUAUUUCGACGAUAGAUAUGGAGGUGAUAAUCGGAGCCGAUCCGAUUACGGGUCGAAUCUCUAUGGAAAGCGUUACGAUUCGGGUGGUCGCGACGAUUUGUAUGGCGAUGGUGUUUACCCUUAUGAAGGGGGCAAGGUGGAACCGUACGGGGCAAGGGGCACUGCGCCUAAGUCGUCGACGUGGUCGGCGUUCGAUGAUUAUGGGAGGUCGAUCAGUUUCCCGUCUGGGAAGGACUCACCUGUCAGUUCUAGCAAGAUUGUGAAAGCAGUCCCGAAGGCAGAUACCCAGUCCGACGUGAAAAGUGGGGUCCAGAAGUUUCGAGUCAAGCUGUUGGCUGAAAGUGGAGGACAGAGUACCAUGGAUGUUCUUUGCCAGAUUGGAUUGGAUGGAAUUAGGAUGCUUGACCCUAGUACCAGUCGGACAUUAAGAAUAUAUCCUCUGGAGACCAUUACAAGAUGUGAAGUAACCGACUCAUCCACCCUUUCAUUUUGGUCAAAGAGCUCUGUGGACUUUGAGCCUAGACGUAUUAGAUUACAAUCAAAUAGUUACACUACCAACACUCUUUUGGAUAUAAUAACUGCUGCAACUGUACAGUGGAAGGAGAUGGGUGGAAGAAGCAGGCCUACUGAGUCUUUGAAGACAACCGAACAGCCUAUGGAGAAAAAGAAAGGUUUUACCGAUUGGAUGAACUUGGUGAAGCCUGGAAAUGAGGAGAAAGAUCAUUGGGUCCCUGAUGAAGCAGUUUCAAAGUGUACAUCAUGUGCGACAGAUUUUGGGGCUUUUGUGCGUAAGCAUCACUGCCGGAACUGUGGAGAUAUUUUCUGUGACAAGUGUACCCAAGGUAGAAUUGCUCUUACUGCUGAAGAGAAUGCUCAGCCUGUGCGAGUUUGUGACCGAUGCAUGGCUGAAGUGACACAGAGGCUUAAUAAUGCUAAGGAAGCAGCUAGUAAACCUGCAGGAUUGCAGAGUCACGAGGAUCUUGCCAAGAAGCUUCAGGAGGAGAUGGAAAAGAAUCGCAAAUCAUCAUCAGUUGCUUGUGUUUCCAUAGGCUUGAAGUCAGAUGGAUCAGGGAGACGGAUGAGGGAAGUUGCCUGUCCUAUUUGCACUGUCCACUUGCAGGUCCAAGUUCCCAGUUCCGGUUCGGAAACCAUUGAAUGUGGGGUUUGCCAGCAUCCAUUUCUUGUCAGUGCUCAUUAAUAUUAACAUUUUUAUUUCGGGGAAAGGUGUUUGAUUGCUUUCUAUGGAAAUUCAAGUUCAAUUUGUUUGUUAGAUUUAGCUUUUGUUAAGAAUAUAUUGUUGGCCUGAUGGCAGCUGCUUUCGCAUUUGAGUUUGUAAAUUUUAUAUGGAAGCCCCAUCAGAUUCUCGUUUCUAUGUAAAUUGACAUAUAUGUAUUUAGCAAUUGCCUAUUUAGGGGUGGAUGUUUGGAUAAUAACUUGUUUAUCCUUUAACGUGAAUGUUAAUAGCUUUUGACCCUGAGUUAUUCA